AAAAAAAACAGCGUCGUCUUCUCAUCUCCUUUACUUUCAUCUUAAAAGGAAUUGAAGAGCUGUGAAAGAGAGCGAUACUGAGACAACGAAGGAAUCAACUGUUGCGGGUGAAAGAGAUUGAGAUCGGGAUCCACACGACUGAGAGUGUGUGAGCUAAACGGAUAUGGGAUCUCGGCUUCUCGACUGUUACUUCCGUUUCGUCUUCCACUGUCACUCCCACAACUGCAACAAUCUUCCUUGAUAGUUAUAAUUGCUAUACACAGAGAUUUGUGAAAGCUUACACUCGCUCUCUCUCUCUCUCUCUCUCAGGUGGUAAGGACUUUGAAACCCCUCACGUUGCAACAACGCAUUGUUUGUGGCAGUUUAAGAUAUUAAAUGGGUUCGAGAUACGCAUCUCACCAGCUCAGCAACGGUCUCUUUGUGUCUGGGGGUAGGCCGGAGCAACCCAAAGAAAAGCCUCCUACAAUGAGCUCAGUAGCCACGCCUUACACCGGCGGCGAUAUCAAGAAAUCUGGAGAGUUGGGGAAGAUGUUUGACAUUCCCACCGAUGGGUCCAAGUCAAGGAAGUCUGGUCCAAUCACCGGAGCUUCUUCAAGAAGCGGCGGGCAGUCUGGUCCUUUGCCUAAUGCAACCGGUCGUAUGUCUGGCUCUUUGGCCUCUGCUGCUGGGUCGAGUUCCAUGAAGAAAACAAACUCUGGCCCUUUGUCUAAGCACGGGGAGCCUCUAAAGAAAACCUCUGGUCCGCAGUCUGGUGGUGUAACACGUCAAAACUCUGGUUCUAUUCCUAUGCUCCCAACAACAGGUCUCAUAACAUCUGGUCCUCUGAACUCAUCUGGGGGUCCUAGGAAGAUCUCUGGUCCUCUAGACUACUCUGGUUCUAUGAAGUCACAUCAUAAGCCUUCCGUUGUCCAUAACCAGGCGGUAACUACCCUUGGUCCUGAAGAUGACUUCUCCUGCAUGAAGAGCUUCCCGAAGCCUGUCCUGUGGCUGGUUAUACUUAUAUUUGUGAUGGGGUUCCUCUCUGGAGGCUUCAUCCUUGGAGCAGUUCACAAUGCAGUUCUCCUCAUCGUUGUGGCGGCCUUGUUCGCUCUUGUUGCGGCGCUUUUCUUUUGGAAUCUUUCUUGUGAAAGACGUGGCGUCACGGAUUUCGUUGGUGGUUAUCCUGAUGCUGAUCUUAGAACUGCCAAAAACGGUCAAUACGUUAAGGUCACUGGGGUGGUCACAUGUGGUAACGUGCCGCUUGAGUCAUCGUUCCAUAGAGUUCCUAGAUGUGUUUACACGUCUACUUGUCUGUAUGAGUACCGUGGGUGGGGUUCAAAGCCAGCCAAUGCUUCACACCGCCGCUUCACAUGGGGACUGAGAUCAGCAGAGAGGCAUGUGGUAGACUUCUACAUUUCUGAUUUCCAGUCUGGUCUGAGAGCAUUGGUGAAAACCGGAAACGGUGCAAAGGUAACACCUAUUGUUGAUGACUCUGUUGUCAUCGAUUUCAAGCCAGGGAGUGAGCAGGCGUCUCCAGAUUUCGUAAGGUGGUUGGGUCAGAAGAAUCUAUCCAAUGAUGAACGAGUUAUGCGGCUUAAAGAAGGGUAUAUCAAAGAAGGAAGCACAGUGAGUGUCAUUGGAGUGGUACAGAGAAACGAAAGCGUGUUGAUGAUAGUCCCAACGACAGAGCCAUUAGCUGCUGGUUGGCAAUGGAGCAAGUGCACGUUCCCUGCAAGUCUUGAAGGCAUUGUGUUGAGAUGUGAAGAUUCAUCCAAUGUAGACGCAAUUCCCGUCUAGUGCGGUUAGUAGUAAGUCUUUCUUCUUGUUCUUCUUCCACGGUUGGUUCACUUCGGCUUCAUAAAAUAUUUUUCAUGAAAUCUGAAUUGUGUUCUUUGUUGGUGGCUUUUCACUCGCUCUGCUGAGAUGAUUCCUUUGGUUUGUGGUUUUAUGGUAGUUUCUUUUUUUGCCUCUAAUUAUUUGUUAUUACAUUAGGAUGAUGGAUUUGUGUUUUGGUUUGUAACUGUAAAGCUAUUUUAGUUUUUUUA